AUGAACAACCCAAACAUGCAGCAACAGAAUGGCAUGGCCGCCGCCCGUACCAGCGCUGGGAUCCAUCUCUUUGUUGCGCAUUAUCGCAACAAUCUCCAGCAGCAGAAGCUGACACAUGGAUGGCAACAGUCUACGUCUCCCGAAGAGCGUGGUAAUCUUGCUCUCCAGUUCUUCACACAGUAUCGUCUUCUCAAGCCCGACGGUCCCGAAGUCGACGCUAUGCGUUUUUCCAUUACGUUCGAGUCACAGCAAUUCAUCAACGCCCAGACCAAGGACCAGUAUCACAUGAACAUCAAGCAAAAACUCAUGCAAAUGACGACCGCACGCCAACAACGCAUGCAAGGUCUGGGCAAUCCCAACAACCACAUGAAUGCGAUGAAUCCCGCUCAGAUGAACAUCAUGGGCCAGAAUGGUCCGCAGGGCGUCAGGCAAGGCGCGCCGCAGCAGUUUCCUCCUGGCUUUCCGAAUCCUCAACUCCAGCGACCAAUGCAAAUCUCACCUGUUCCCAUGUCACAGGGACAGUCUUCCAUGGGCGUGAAUGGUGCAAACCCUGGCGGCUUGGCUCCAGGACAGGCUGGCCAACAGCAAAACAUGCAACAAGCCCGCACUCAGGAGGAACAGGCCAUUAUCAAUGCCUUUGCCAAAAGGUUGAUGGAAAGCUGUAAAGAGGAAGUACGCCAGCGGUUCCAGCAAGAUGUUCAGGGAUGGCCCGAGGAGAAGAAGCAGGAGUUGCUCAGCCAAAACAUAAACCCCCUAUUCCAACGCUUCCGACAGCAUGCCGAGAUGAUGUACAGAAGCGGUAGGCUCAACACUUCACAAGCUCGAGGCGCUGCCCAGAAUGUAGGCCAAAUGCAGCAGACAGGCCAGCCAAAUCAGAUGCAGAACCAGCAGAUGAAUAUGGGCCAGCGCCAGCCCAACCAAAAUUUCGAUUUCGAUGCUUUGACAACUCAGCAAAUCGAGGCUAUGCGGGUUCAGGAUCAAGGCCAGACCGUCGUACCUGCCAGUAACAAUGCCAAUGGUGCUCAAUUGAUCGGGUUCCCCGGACAAAACGCGCAACCAGGUCAACCACAAAACGCUGCCAUGGUUCAGCGUCAAGCCGCUCAAGCAUUCCAGAACAACUUGCAGCGCCAGCAUGCUCAGGUACAACAAGCUCAGCGUGCACACCUCGAGCGACAGCAACAGCAACAGGCGGCGCAGGCACGGAAUCAGACCCAGUUGCUUCAGGGACAGAUUGGUGGCUUGAAUCUGCCACCUGGCCAGCAACAGAGUCCUGCAAUGCCUAUGCUCACACGGCCGAUGGCUCCCCCUGGCCAAGCAGGACCUCCUAGUACUCCCCAGCAACCCCCUCAGGCCCACGUUCCUAGGAUGACUCCCCAACCAGGCCAAGCUGACCCCCAGUUAAUGACUGCCUUGAUGCGCGAGGCCCAUCAACGAGCUGCCGCUGUGUCGCAGUCGAACCAGCCAUUGACUGAACAAGUGCGCAUGAGGAUGAUGCCCGCAGACUGGGAACCAACAUUCAAGGAACAGUUGCUCAAGGUUCCCGAGAGUCAGUUUCGUACGGUGUUGCAAGGUUACGUGAAUAACCUUCGACAAAGCAAUGCACUUCAGAACGGAAGUUUUCCAGGGGGUCAGGCUAUCCCAGGGCAGCCAAACAUGCCUUUCAAUCCACAACAGGUACUACAGCCUGGCAUGCCUGGCCAAAUGCUGGCCAACCCAAACCUCGCAAACAUGGCUCGUCCCGGCAUGAACAUUGGGCAGCAGAUGCCAGGAGAUAUGGGCGGACAGCAACUCCCAGCAGCUCAACGCACACCAAUGCUUCCUCAACAGCGGUUCGCUCAAGCAACACUAAUGCUCCGACAAAACCCUGGGAUCAUUAGCCAAACAGAUCCCAGGCCCUUCCCUCAAGGCAUCCUCGGCCCUCAGAUAAGACAAAAUAUGCCCCCAGAUGUGAAGACGUGGUUUCAACUCAAACAAUGGGCGACACAGAAUCCAGCUCUAAUGGGCAAUGUUGAACCAAACAGGCUACUCUUGAUGCAGGUCUUGCACUUCCAAGAUUCGUUGAGACAGCAGCAAGGUGGCAUGCCUGUUGGCCAGCCUUCGCAGCAAAACAACAUUGCGGGUAUUGCUCCUCCCGCACCCAUGGCGCCUAACAUGGGCAUGGCCAGGACACCACAGCAGCAAAUCAACAUGUCCAAUUUGCCUCCUAUUCAGGUCACACCACAAGAGCUGCAGAUAUUCCGACAGAGGUUACCGCCUCAACAAGCGAACAUCACAGAUGAUCAGUUGCGGCAGUUUAUCCUCCGAGAGAGAAUGAAGGGAAGGAUGCAGCAACAGCAACAGCAGCAGCAACAACAGCAGCAGCAGCAACAGCAGCAUCAACAACAGCAACAGCAGCAACAACAACAUCAACAACAGCAGCAUCAACAGCAGCAGCAACAACAGCAACAGCAGCAGCAACAACAACUACUGCUUGCUCAACAAGCUCAGCAGCCCGCUCCUCAGCAGAAACCAGUUGUUAAAGCACAACAGCCUCAGCCGUCCGCCCAGCCCAGUGCUUCUAACAACACUGGAAGCAAGGGGGUGAAACGCCCCAACGAUGAUGCCGCUGAGUCCAACGCAGACAGCUCCAAUGUAGCUACGCAAGCGCCUGCCAUGAUGCCUUCCAGGUCACAGCCAGGCCUAAACCUUACACAAGAGCAGAUGUCCAAACUCCCCGUUGCUCAACAAGAGCAGAUGAGGGCACAGGCAAGCGCAGCGAACAACAGAAUGCAACAGAAACAGCGUUCUCAGUUCAGUCCAGAGAUUCUCAGAGCACAGAUCGAGGACCCGGUAAGGUCUAGCAAAUACAAUGCCACGGUCAACGAGGUAGAGAGAAGUAUUCCUCUCGGACAGGCAGUGCCACUGGCGCCCCAUAUGCGAGCACAGAUACAGACCGCAAUCCAGCGAGAACUCUCGAACUUGAAGAAGGUUGAUCAUGCGCUUCGCAUAUUUGACGUUCAAUACGACAAUGCCAAUUCCGAGGCCCUAGCACGGCAGAUUAUGAGAGCAAAAUGUUAUUUGUUUCGGCAGAUUAACAUGGCCGACGGCACGCUUCGGGAUCCAGUCACGAUAACUGCAGACGAGUUCCGAACGUAUACAGGUACGAUCAUCAAGUUCGUUCGUAAGAUCAUGGCGACGAUGCAGCCACAGCUCAACCCGAACGCCGGGGCUCAGCAAUCCUCUCAGCAAGCGCAGACUUCAUCGCCAGCUCAGUUGAAUGCUGCCAACCUGAAGAUUGUGGAUCAACAACAACGACAGCAAAAGACUCCUCAGGCGCCCACAACUGAUCGACCACCAUAUCCCCUUGGUGGACAAUCCCCACGUGGGGCCCCGACUUAUUUCGAUGGAGCUCCGACCGUCACUAAUCUUGUUUUGCCGGACAAGAAGCGGGCGAGAAUGGAUCCUAGUAGUCAGACUUCGACUCCAGCUGCGAAAGCAUCCCCACGUAUCGGCUCGGGCAAAGGCAACUCGCCAGAGCUCAAACGGCAGUCGAUGCCCGAGAAGCAAGUCCCACAGAGGCCGAUGUUUGUGUGCAACAUUAUCGACUGCGAUGCUCCCCGAGGCUUUGAUACACAGGCGGAACUAGAGGCGCAUGUUAGCCAAGCUCAUGCUAAGAUCGAGAAUCCUCUACAAUUCGCGCUUGACUCUAUGGCAGAUUUCCUUGACGUGGACCAGAAGACUGGUGAGCCUAAGGUCGAUCCGAACACUGCGAAGCGCAAUCUGAAGCCAGCCUCUGCUGUUCCGCGUGCCGCUGUCCAACCCUUUAAGUCGGAGCAUACCCCUGGUAUCUUACAGAAUGCGACGACCCCAGCUGGGGCUCAAACAGCCACGCCAAUGGCGCGCGUACCGACACAGACGGGCAUCAAGACUUCUCCGUCAACGAGCCUUCUCAAGACGCCACAGACUAUGGCUAAGGUGGGUACACCUAGCACCGGAGUGCAUGCAAAGGCUACGCCAUCCGCUAUGGUUAAACAGGCAGCCAAGGAACCCGCUGUACCUGAGCCUGAACAAGAACAACAGCAGCAACAGCAGCCGCUUAUCCCAAUGUCCCUCUUCGACUACUCGUACGAAGACACAUUUGCGGCCCUUGACGCCAACGGCCCUUUCACCGUUAUGGAUCUCAAAGACGAAGACAAUUCGUGGAUGAUGAACUCGCAUCCUACCACGCCCGACUCGUCGCCCAAGGAUACGCCAUCUACCCGGCAGAGCGAUGUUAGCGAGAACGACAACUUGCAGAUCAAUAUCGAUGUCGAUAUGCCAGAUGCGUGGAUAUAUGGUGAUUCUUUCCAGCUGGGCAAUGACCAUCGACUACUGGGGACGAUGUUGCCGCCGAUGGACAGUGACGAGAUGAUGCUCUUUCCAGCGAUGAUGGAGUUUGAUGAUAUGGAAAAGGGGAUGACUGGCUUGGAAGCAGGAGCUAUUGGUGUGAUUUGA